AUGUUCAUGUCGACUCGUUCUGGUGUAAUAUCCACUCUGGUGGAGUUGGUCCGCAAGACACUCAAUCAUGAUCCUCUGGUCUUUGUGAACUCUGGCCUGGUGGUGGUUGGCCUCAUCACCUCCCUUCGUUCGGCUGCAAAUGUGUUAUACACCUAUGCCGAAAACAUUUGUUUGUCCACGGUGCAUGUGAGAGCCGAAGAUCCGCUCUAUGAAGAUGUCGUUCGGUGGAUGAACGAUCACGCCUUCCGGGGUCGGAAUUUCCUCUCGGUGCUGGCGCAAACAAACAACAAUUCAGAGAAGCCCUUGCGAUGUUCAGUGCAAUUGGACCCGGAUAGGCUGAUCAGCUACCGAGAGAGUGAGGAUAACUCAUUUUUGGAGUUAAAGCCAUUUCGGGGAUCUCGUCUGUUUCGCUUCCGACAAACGUGGAUGCUGUUCAGUCAUGCAGCCAAUGGUCCCGGCUGUUUUGGUCCUCCACAACUGGAUACAAAUCCCCCCUUGAAAUUGCAAUGUCUCAGUAUCUCACUUUCUCCUAUCAAAAAGUUCCUCGACGAGGUUCGUGCCUACGGUCGUAAAGUGUCCGUGUCUAAUGUCACAAUCUACCGCACUACGUCCUUUUCUCCGGAUAUCGUUCGCUGGAGCUCGGUUGCUUCGAGGUUAUCUAGAGAUAUCUCGACUGUCAUCCUUGAUAAACAGAAGAAGCAAACCAUCCUCCGGGAUAUCAAUGAGUACCUGCAUCCUCAUACAAGGCAAUGGUACGCCAACCAUGGUAUCCCCUACCGACGUGGGUAUCUCUUCUCCGGACCCCCGGGAACGGGCAAAACAAGCCUCGCAUCUGCGAUUGCGGGUGUUUUUGGUCUGGAUAUCUACGUGUUAAGUCUGCUGGAUCCAUCAAUGACAGAAUCACACUUCUCCCGACUGUUCUCUGAAGUGCCUACGCGGUGCGUGGUCCUUUUGGAGGAUGUCGAUGCCGCAGGGUUGAACAGGGGGGAUACAGAGCCUGGGGAAGAUUUCAUCCAAAGAUCGACCAAGACGAAUACCUCCGUGUCCCUAUCUGGUCUUCUCAAUGCCAUCGACGGUGUCUCUUCUCAAGAAGGUCGGAUCUUGAUCAUGACCACCAAUGCACCGCAGCAAUUGGACCGCGCCUUGAUUCGGCCCGGUCGUGUGGAUGUUCACAUCAAGUUCGAGCUUCCGUCUCGGGAGGAACUGCGAGAUCUCUUCUUGAGCAUGUUUAGCGAGGUGCAUCAGAAUCCGCAAUUUUCUCCAGAUGAGCAAAAGACAGAGGCAGCAAGGUUGACGGAGCUAGCUGUGCGCUUUGCAGAAUGUCUUCCUGAGAAGCAAUUCAGUAUUGCAGAUAUACAGGGCUUUCUCUUGCAACACAAGCGUCGGCCUGAGGAUGCCUGUUCCCAGGUUGAAAGUUGGGUCGAGGAGAUGGAUUUUGAAGAAUGA